AUGAAUUCAUUCAUCACGCCAGCCUUUUUAUCUUCUAUCCGUAAUUCGCGAUCUCUCCCCCGUAACUCGUGGUACUUCAUCACAGCCACCACAUUGUCUAUACUGAACAGGCCGGACGAGAUUCCAAAGGUAUUCAAUGAUGCUAUCGGACGUGCAGCUGGUCUGACCGAUGGGUCUCCGUCGGUGGAUGAGCAACUCACCAUCGCUAGACGUAUGCGUGAGGCUCUCGUCAAGGCAUCCGCUGUCGGAGGCCUUCCCAAGACCAUAAAUGCUCUUAUGGCGAUGAAGGCGGUAACGCCAUCUCAUCUGCUGGAUGACCCAGGAGAAGCCUCACCCACGACACGGCGGCAUGACAUAGAGAAUGGAUCGUCACAGAUUUUGGACCGUGGUGCAAAGUUCUGGGACAGGAUAUACGGGAAGAUAUCAAAAAGAAUCAUGAGUCAAAUGGAGAGGUGUGGCACAGAGGAUUUGGCUGUCACUGCCCGUCUCAUGUACGGCCACAUUCUGAGCAAUACCCGGAUAUUGUCUGCGCCGGAGACUUCAUUCGUCUUGAUCGCUGGCCUGAUACCCCAAGACGUCAACCCGCAGCUCAAGGGUCAUCUCAGAGGCGCACUGAAUGCAGGUGCCUCUAAGGAGGAGGUCGCCGCUGUACGGGAUCUCGUGAUACGGAUUUGCGAGGCAGCAGGCAUGCAGAAGCUUGAUGCUUCAGCAUCAGGAGGUUGGGGAUGGGAGGGGGAGAUAGCAGAUGUUUGA